AUGGAAUGUGGUGCGUGUAGACACAUUAUCGAAGAUGGCGGCCUCAUUAAAUGCGCUGGUUGUGACAAUACGUUUCAUUACGAGUGUUGCAACAUAGAGAAGCAAGUGUAUUUCGACGAAUACGUGGAAAAAAAGCAGAAGUGGUAUUGCCCAUCCUGUACUAAUAUAACUCGGCGCAGAAAUGAUAGUCCACCAGUUGGUAAGCGCGACAUACGUUCCCUCCAAGCAAGUCAGGCAGAUAUUUCUAAUAUGUCCUGUGAUGAAAAGCUGCAACGAUCAUCACGCUUGAAAAAAUCUAGUAACAGUGCAUCUCAACACGCGUUGCGACAAAAAAACUCGGACUCCGUUACCAUAGAACAAAUCGAAGCUCUACUCAAUCGUAAACUAAGUACUUUCAAGAUAGAUGUAGUGCAAGAAGUACAUACAAUGGUGACGAAAGAAUUUAACCAUAUCAUCAAUAAGUUAGAAUCGGAUUUCACAGUAGCCACCGAUUUUCUUCAGAAAGGGCAGGAUGACCUUCUGAAGGAACUUGAGGUGGCUAAUAAUAAAAUUAAAACCCUAGAACUUGAGCGAACUACACUUAAGUCAAAUAUUGAGUCAUUAGAUCGUCGUUUAAUGAGCGUCGAAAAAAUCUCACGAAGCCAUAACGUUGAAAUCCAAAUGGUUCCGGAAAAACGUCAUGAAAAUUUACUACAUCUUAUACAAAAACUUUAUGACACCGUGAAUGUAACUCUGGAUACGAACUGCAUCUGUGCUGUUCGUAGAAUUGCUAAAAUUAAUCCAAAGUCCGACAGACCACGAAACAUUCUCCUUACACUACAAACUGAGCGGCAGAGGGACAUUUUAUUAUCGGCAGUAAAACGUUACAACAGGACUAACCACCCCAAUCACUUAAACUCUACCUGCCUUGGGAUUGAAGGAGAAUAUCGUGCCAUAUAUGUAAAUGAACAUCUCUCUUCUACUACCAAAAAGCUUUAUGCUGAAGCUAGGAAGUUUGCGAAAGAUAACUCAUACAAAUUUGUUUGGGUUAAAUACGAACGUGUGUACAUGCGGAAAAAUGACAACGAAUCAGCAUUAUUGAUUAGAGACUUUAGUAACUUUGAGAAACUUAAAGUAAAGUGA